UAAAAUUCCCCAAAUACAACACGGCGCUCCUUAAACUCUCCGAAAAUUUGACAAACCCAAAAUCCAUCGGGCAAUCGGGCAUGGCCUUUCACGUAGCUUGCCCAAUUACCUGUCGGAAGAUUUGCUACUGCCCGCUGGGGUUUCCGAGGGGGUUGCAGAGCGAGAGCGGCAAAAAUGAGUUCUUGCAGGAGGUGGCUAGGGUUGAGGACUUCAUCAAGGACCCCUGGUUGCGUAAAGCUAAGCAGGGCGCCACAAUUCAGGUAAUAGUUCCCAAACUCGCGCUCCCGGCGGCUUUGGGCGACGGAGAUGCGGAGGCGGUGGCCGCCGCCGCGCAGACCAAGCGCGCUACAUUGCAGAAGAGAGCUGCGGCCGCGUCUUUGGUGGCCGAGGAUUAUGCUGGGCGAUAUGAUUUAGCUGAGUCUUUGAAAGAGACUGCUGGAGACGAACAAGGUCAAUCGAAUAUCAAAGUAACAUGUAGGCUAUGCUGUCGUGGUGACAAUGAAGGAAGUGAAAGAGCGAGGAAGAUGUUGUCUUGCAAAACUUGUGACAAGAAGUAUCAUCGUAAUUGCUUAAAAACUUGGGCGCAACAUAGAGAUCUUUUUCAUUGGAGUUCAUGGUCAUGCCCCUCGUGCCGAAUUUGUGAGGGCUGCCGUAGAACUGGAGAUCCGAAUAAGUUCAUGUUUUGCAAGAGAUGUGAUGCAGCAUUUCACUGUUACUGUUUGCAGCCUCCUCACAAGAAUGCUAGCAGUGGGCCUUAUUUGUGCACAAAACAUACUGGGUGUUACAGUUGUGGUUCUUCUGUUCCAGGAAAUGGUCUCAGCGUAAGGUGGUUUCUGGGGUAUACUUGCUGUGAUGCGUGUGGAAGAUUGUUUGUGAAAGGAAACUAUUGUCCGGUUUGUUUAAAGGUUUAUAGAGAUUCUGAAUCAACGCCUAUGGUUUGUUGUGACAUUUGCCAGCGCUGGGUGCACUGCCAAUGUGAUGGGAUCAGUGAUGAGAAAUACAUGCAGUUUCAAGUAGACGGGAAUCUGCAGUAUGCUUGUCCAACGUGCCGUGGUGAAUGUUAUCAGGUUAGGGAUCUCGAGGAUGCUGUUAAAGAGCUCUGGAGGAGGAGAGAUGAAGCGGACAAGGAUUUGAUUUCGAGUUUGAGGGCAGCUGCCGGAUUGCCUAGUCAAGAAGAAAUCUUUUCGAUUUCUCCUUUUUCUGAUGAUGAAGAUAGCGGCGGCCCCCCAGUGACGAAGAACUCAAUAAAAUUUUCUCUCAAAGGGCUAGCUGAAAAAUCCCCGAAGAAGGGCAAGGAAUCCGGGAAGAAAAGUUCGAACAAGAAACCGAGUAAGAAAAAGGGGGAAGGGCAUAGUAAUGGUGGCGAUAUCAAGAAUGAAGAUAUACAGACUUAUAUAAACGGAGACCGUGAUGGUUUUCCUUCUCCCAUUGCUGGAAUGGAGGAGGGCUUGUGCUCUAUCAAUCGGGCCGGGGUUGUAAAGCACAAAUUUAUCGACGAGGUUAAUGGGAAUAGAACGUCUAGAACGGUCCAAAUCAAAGGCCACAAUCAUCAAAGUUUUGGCGGUGAGGACGUUAGAACUCAGACAACCAUGUCCAAGACCACCAAAGGACCAAAGCUCGUUAUACAUUUGGGUGGACGGAAUAAAAAUAUUCCCGGUUCUCCUAAAUCCGAUGCGUCAAGUUGUCAAAAAGAGCAAGACGGGACUCCUGCAAAUGGCUGUGAGGAUUCACUUGACCAAACGAGAGAUCAAAAGGUUCGAGGAAAAGAGGGUCGGUUGAUAAAGAUCAAGAACGCUACUCCAGAAGUUGCUGCUGAUGCAACUGCCAAAAGCGGGAUAAAAAUUGCUGUUGGAAGAAGAAGCAACGAGGCGGCUGUAAGGACUGCAACCGAAGUUCCUGCCGCCACUAGAGGCGGCAGCAAACUGGCUUCAACGAGACACUCUGGAGAUGGGCCGAGUUCUGGCGAUGAUUUUCAUGAGGAUAGAGAUAACACACAUCCUGCCACUCAUUCCAAGGGCUCGAGAACACUGCUAAAACUUAAGUUCAAGAAUCCUUAUUCUGAUGGCCCGAGUGCCUGGGCUCCUUCCACAGACGACGAGAAAUGCUUGAUCAAGGGUCAAAGAUCGAAAAGAAAGAGACCACCGCCCUUUGGGGAGAAAACAUCGGCCAAUGCUGAGACGCAUAAAGACAAUUCCUUUGACGAGCUAAUGGAUGCUAACUGGAUACUGCAGAAGUUGGGGAAAGACGCUGUUGGAAAGAGAGUCGAAGUCCAUGAACCGUCUGAUAACACCUGGCACAGAGGAAAAGUAACCGAUUUCUUUGAAGGCACAUCAGUCGUUGCUGUCGCUCUGGAUGAUGGCAAGACUGAGAACUUAGAGCUGGGGAAGCAAGCGAUUCGCUUCGUCCCACAGAAGCAAAAACGGAAGUAGCAUCGUACCAUGAUGUCGGGUUUUCAAGAUUUGGGAAUGACAGAACAAAACAUUGAUUUCAUGAUUUGAAUCCUAUUCAAAGGAAUCUGAGGAUUAUUUCUUCCCUAUUAAGGGCAUCCUUUGUAUUGCAUUUUCUUUCUUUUCCAUUCCUUGUUCUCUUGUUUAGAGAACACGUUUGGCUUAAAUCACAGUUGCAGACUCAACUUCUGUAGUAUUGAUCAUUGGGUUUUAGCAGUUGCAAGGUUUUAUCAAAGCCAACUGCAAUUGUAUUACCUGUAAACCUUUACAUCCUCUUGUAAAGUUCAUCUUUUUAUCAUCUUUAAACAAUUAAACUCCAUGUUUAUUCCCAGUUUCAA